UGAUUCAUCAGAUCCACUCUCCUAGCUAACUGUUAAAAAAAAAAAAAAAAAAAAAACUCUCUCCCCUUAUUCUCUUUUGUUUCCUUUCCAAUUUCCAUCUUCUUCUUCCCAGUAGACCCCUCUUUCCUCUGUAAUUCUGCAUCAUGUUUUUGGAAUAUUAUGGUGUCACUAUACAUAUGUACACAAGUAUAUAUAUAGAUUCAGACAUACACAAACCCAAUCGCAAGGCGGCGCUGGCUUAACGACAUGCACACCCCUUUCCUUCCAUUUUUUUUUUUCUUUUUUGGAACUAUCAUAUGAUUGAUUUUUGAACUUUCUUUUGUUUGUUCAAGGAAGAAAAAGGGGAAAAAUAAUUGAGAAGUUCUUCCGACCCCUUUUCUUCUUUCUUCUUAUCUUCUUCUGCCUCAAAAUGUCCAAUCUUUAUUGAAGUCAUACAUAAAACUAACCUAUUUGUACGUGCUGUCCAAAUUAUAUUUUUUUAUAUAAUUUGUUGCUAGAAGAAGUGGUAUAUUUUUGGUGGAUAAAUUCCUUUUGGGUGCAUUUGUCUUUGUCUCUUUUGGAUUCUAGUUCAUAACUGAUCUACACCCCCCAAACGUCCGUCCGUCCAGCCAUAUCUCAUUUAUAGUUUCUUCACCAGUUUUUCAUUGUCAUCAUAAUCAUCAUUCCCGGCCGACGGCGGAGGAGGUGGUGGUGGACGGCGACGGGGAUGGGUGGCAGCAUUUUCAAAUGCUUACCCACACCCAUUCCAAAAUUGCACUCUCUCUGGCUUUCUUUCUUCUUCAUCCAUUUUUCCUUAUUCAUUGCUUCUUCUUCUGGAAGUGCUAAUGAUGCUAGUAUUAUUAUAGCUUCUUCUUCAUCGUCGUCGUUACCGGAAAGUGUUGCUCCGCCACCUCAAUCUGAACCUAUUCUCAAAUCAAAAGGGAACCCAUUAAGGCCAAGCAUAGCAGUGAUCGUCGGAGUUCUGACCACAGUUUUUUCAGUCACUUUUCUAUUGCUUCUCUACGCUAAGCACUGCCGGAGAGGGGAUACUCUCAACCCUUUCUCCUCCAACAACAACAGAGGCAAUUACCCGGCGCCGACAACUGCCCGGAAAAACUCCGGCAUAGACAGGGCGGUGAUCGACUCGCUACCAAUUUUCCGUUUCGCCUCCUUAAGGGGACAGAAAGACGGACUGGAAUGCGCCGUCUGUCUGAACAGAUUCGAGCCCACGGAAGUGCUCCGGUUAUUGCCAAAAUGCAAACACGCAUUCCACGUCGAGUGCGUGGACACAUGGCUGGACGCCCACUCCACCUGCCCGCUCUGCCGUUACCGGGUCGACCCGGAAGACAUCUUGCUGGUGGAGGACCACCGGAUUUUACAGCGAAGAAGCGGCGGCGGAGAGACGACUCCACCUUCCAGGUCAUCAUCGUCGUCGUCAUCAUUCAGCCAACAACACCCCACGCCGGAGUUAAGGGCCGCCGUGUCCAGGGUCUCCGGCCGGCAUUCGUUCGCCGGGAACAUGCUGGAAGUGAUCGUGGAGACGCCGAAGUCGGCGGGGGUGAUUCCGAGGAGGUCGCUGGACAGCUGGAGUUCUAGGAAGAAGAAACGUCAAAAUGCCAACGGCGGGAAAAGCAGCGAAAUCGUGGAGGUGGGCUGCUUUGACCGGCCCAGAAAAGACGAGCUUUUAUUGGGGAAUGAUGACGACGGCGAUGACGGUGAUGAUGGUGACAAGACGUUAAUCAUCCACAACAACAGAAACGGCAAAGGAAAAGACGUGGCACCGGAACAACAACAAAGGCGCCUGGAGCACCGGAUCAUAAUUUCCGCAGAGGAUGGGCCCCACCGGAGGUGGAGCGAUGUACAGCCGUCCGAUUUGCUGUAUCUACAGUCCGAGAUGAUCUUGAGCGACAGCCGUCGAUUUUCGGCCUCCAGAGCAUUCAGGCCGUCGAUGUCAACGCGGAGCAGCGUGGAAGGGAGCUCCUGUAGCAAUAGGAGUGGUAAGAAUGUAACAAACGCGAGAAGCGUGUCAGAAAUCACGGGGUUGAGUAGGUUUAGGAGUAAUAAUAACGAGGAAGAAGUUGUAGUAGUACGUCACCAUCACGGCGGUGGUGGGGAAGAGCAACGGCAGAAAACGGGGAAGAGGGAAAACAGAAAACGACAAGAAUUUGGAGGAGCUGUGUCCAGAUGGAUGGCUUGGAUUUCACAAUCGAAUUCUGAGCGACGGCAGCCAACGCAGCAGCAUCCGCCAGCUGUACAUGGGACAUUUACUCCUGCUGCUGUUGCUUCGGCUUCUUCUUCUUCUUCUUCGCCUGUUGUUGUUUAGCUGAUUUUGGCUACUUAUUACAGGCCUUUUUUUUUUUUUUUUAUAAGUAGUUACAGUAAAAUAGUACUCCCUCCUAUAGUGUAGUUUUAGUAUUAUCACGGGCAUUCUCUUUUGUUUUGUAGCCAUUUACAGUUUACCCGCAGUAUACAUAGUUUUGGUUUAAAUUUUUGCAGCUCGAAAAAUUUUUAAAGUGCAGAAAGAGAUUUGUGAUGAUGAAACAAGAGUUCAAUUUUCGGCUUCUGAAGAGGUAGUUCGAUGGCAUUAAUUAAUGAUCAA